CGGGGCUUGGAGGGAGAUUUCCAAUUUUUCCAAUUUUUGAUUUACUAUUGUAGAAAGAACAACUUUCUAGCUCUUUCUAUACAGAAUUCUUCUUCCAAGUUACACAGAAAGAGAGAUUCAACUUCAAAGCUUGCAUCUGUGAGGGCGCCAAGCAGAACCCUAGUGAGAGAAAGUAGAGAUACUAUGGAACAGUUAUGAAGAUAGAAGAUCAUAGCUUUGUUUCUCAUUGAUAGGGGGAAAUGGCAGCAAUGAGAGUAUCUGAUCCAAGCAGGCUUCACUUGAAGAAGGAGCUCACGCAAAUCCGAAAGGCUGCCCGCGUGUUGCGGGAUCCAGGGACUACUUCGUCAUGGAAGUCACCUCUUAGUACUUCUAGAUCUGCAGCAGCAGCAGUUGAAGCAGCUUCCAACUCUGCUUCCACUUGGAAGCGCCAGCAACAAUUACAAGAGGGUGCAUUUGUGAGACAAGAUGUUAAUGGUAAUGAUGUUGAUUUGAAUACCCAUUCUGCUUCCUCUCGAUUUCCUACUAACAAUAACAAUAUCAGUGGGAAAGACAAGGAGAAAAGGGUGUUUCUGUACAAUUGGAAGAACCAGAAAUCAUUAAGCAAAAAUGAGGAAGGUGAUGGGUCUUUCUCGAUUCCAGAGAGCCUUGAUGACAGCUUGAGUGAUGCUAGGAAUGGAGGGGAUUCGAAGAGUGACACUUACUUGGAGGAGACAAGGUCUGCCUCUGAGAUAUUGAGGUGUAGAGAUACAAAUAAUGUGGCAUUAGGCAUGUCAUCAGUGAAAAGAGUGACAGGAAAUAAGAAGAGUAGGAAACAUAAAUCCCAUUUGGAUGUUCUAUCUAGAUAUCAAUGGAAAGAUACUGAUCUUGAUAAGAAAUUUAAUUUGAGAGGAUUGCCUAAGGGACAUCCUUCAAUGGCUUUAAGUUCAGGGAGGGAUGAUUCCGUGGAACAAUCUGAUGAUACUGAAGAUUAUAGUAUUUCAGAUGAUUUAAGAAGAGUUUACGGUUCAUCACCUUUGUUGUUGAAGCUAAGGCAAAAGGGUUGGGCACAUUCACCAUCUAAAUUAUUGAUAAGUAGAAAGGAGAACUCUUCUUAUACAUAUAGCACUCCGGCUUUGUCAAAUAGUUCUUAUGAUAGGUAUAAUCGUCGUAACCCAAGCACUGUUGGAUCUUGGGAUGCCACUACAACAUCUUUAAAUGAUGGGGAUGAUGAGGGAGCUACCAAUUUGGAUUUUCCGGGACGACAGGGAUGUGGGAUUCCUUGCUAUUGGUCAAGGAGGACUCUGAAACAUAAGGGUUUGUGUGGUGGUUGUUAUUCUCCAUCUCUUUCAGAUACAAUAAGGAGGAAAGGAAGUAACAUGUUAUGUGGCAGUCAGUCAAUGUAUAAUAGACACCGGCGUGCAUCAUCUGUUCCCAAUAAGUGGAAAAACACUCCCAGAAAUGCUCAAGGUCUUGUCCCAUUGCUGGCUAAUAGUGGUGGUGGCAGAGGAGGAUCAUCUUUGGGUAGUGGCUGUAGUGAUGAUGAGCUUUCUACCAAUUUUGGUGAGCUUGAUUUGGAGGCUUUGAGUAGAUUAGAUGGAAGGAGGUGGUCCUCUAGCUGUAGGAGUCAAGAUGGGUUAGAGAUUGUAUCGUUAAAUGGGGAAGGGGAGGAGGAAGGUACGCCGGAGAAUAUCCGGAGUUUAAGCCAGAAGUACAAGCCAACAUCCUUUGAUAAAUUGAUCGGGCAGAAUAUCGUGGUUCAAUCACUUAUGAAUGCUAUUUUAAGAGGACGGAUUACCCCUGUUUACCUUCUCCAGGGUCCCCGUGGGACUGGUAAGACCUCAGCAGCUAGGAUUUUUGCUGCUGCUCUGAAUUGUCUUUCUACUGAAGAAACUAAGCCAUGUGGGCAUUGCAUGGAAUGCUCUGAUAUCUUCUCUGGCAAGAGCAGGUAUCUUAUGGAAGUUGAUGGUGCAGAUAAGAAGAAAAUUGACAAGGUUAGAUACUUUUUGAAAAAGGUUACUGGGGGCAUUCCAUCAGCCUCCUCACGAUAUAAAGCUUUUGUUAUUGAUGAGUGCCACUUGUUGCCCUCUAAGACAUGGCUGGCAUUUCUCAAAUUUCUUGAAGAACCACCACAACGAGUUGUGUUCAUAUUCAUUACAACUGAUCCUGACAAUUUGCCUCAAACUGUACAAUCUCGUUGUCAGAAGUACCUGUUUAACAAAAUUAAAGAUGGUGAUAUUGUAUCUAGGUUGAAGAAAAUAUCCGCCCUUGAGAAUUUUGAUAUUGAGUCGGAUGCCUUGGAUUUGAUUGCACUGAAUGCUGAUGGUUCACUCCGAGAUGCAGAGACUAUGUUAGAACAGUUGAGUUUGCUGGGAAGUAAGAUCACUACAUCUCUUGUAAAUGAACUUGUGGGGGUUGUUUCAGAUGAGAAAUUAUUAGAACUUCUGGAGUUAGCUUUGUCAUCUAACACCUCAGAAACAGUGAAAAGAGCAAGGGAGUUGAUGGACUCGGGGAUUGAUCCAAUUGUUUUGAUGUCUCAGCUUGCUAGUCUCAUCAUGGAUAUUAUUGCUGGAACUUACAACAUCAUUGAUGCCAAGUACAAUGAUCCCUUUUGUGGAGGUCGAAGUUUAACUGAAGCAGAGCUGGAGAAACUAAAGCAUGCUUUAAAGCUUCUCUCAGAGGCUGAGAAACAGAUAAGGGUUUCCAGUGAACGCUCAACAUGGUUCACGGCUGCUCUUUUACAGCUUGGAUCAGUGCCUUCUCCCGAUUUCACUCUGUCCAGCAGCAGUAGGAGACAGAGUUCUAGGACAACUGUGGAAGAUCAAUCAAGUGCCUCAAGAGAAGAAAAAUAUGUGCCUCGAAAGUCAACAUCUCCUGUUCCCUUACAUAUGACAGUAAAUGGGAAUUCCAGCCGUCAAGGGAAUUUAACGACACAAGCUGAUGGUUUUGGUUUAUCCAGCCCCUCAGAUAACCAAUUAACGGAUGGUCAUAUCUCUUCUGCCUCACGUGACAGCAUAAUGAUAGGAAACAUGUAUUUCAGAAACUCAGACAACUUGGAUGACAUAUGGGCAAAGUGUAUUGAGAGGUGCCACUCAAAAACGAUUAGACAACUACUGCAUGCUCAUGGAAAGCUUUUAUCUAUCUCUGAAGUCGAAGGAGUUAUGGUUGCUUAUAUUGCUUUUGGGGAUGAAGCUAUCAAAUCCAGAGUUGAAAGGUUUCUGAGCAGUAUCACAAACUCCAUUGAAAUUGUCCUGAGAUGCAAUGUAGAAGUUAGAAUUAUCCUAUUGCCAGUAGCUGAGGGUUUGGCAAAUUAUGCAAAUGCGGUCCAGUCGUUAGUUGGGCAGAAAAGAACAGAAGCAACUGUGGUAGGGAGUCGUAAUGCUUUUUCACCACUGCUAAAUGGUUCCAUGAAAUCUACUUAUGGAUCACGAGAGUUGCUUGCUGAAGCCAAUUCUGAGAUCAACGGUAUAAAACCGAAAAGGCAGGUGAUCCCAAUGCAGAGAAUAGAAUCCAUUAUCCGUGAGCAAAGGCUAGAAACUGCCUGGUUACAAGCCAUGGAUAAAGGAACCCCUGGAUCUUUGAGUCAUUUGAAGCCUGAGAAGAAUCAGAUCCUUCCCCAGGACAGCACAGACAAUAAAACUCAACUACAAUCUGCAAAUUCAAUGGGAGUGUCGUCUCAGCACUGGGAAGAUGAAUUAAAUCACGAACUUAAAAUUCUGAAGAUGCAAGAUAAAAGGACAUUUCAGAAAGAUCAGCCCAGUGGAAGGGUUGAUCAUUAUUCCAUGUCACCAAGCUUACUGCAUCAUACUGGCUUUGCUGGCAGCCUCAGCAGAGAGAACUUGGGUUAUGAAUCAGCAGCAGGUGGGGGAGGCUGCAGUGGGCUCUUCUGUUGGAAUACCACCAAUAGAACUCGUAAAAGGGGAAAGGUCAAAGGGACAACAAUUCGAUCACGUCCAAGUAGGCGAUUUUCAUUGUUCGGUGAGUGUGGGAAGCCAAAGCGUAGCGAGACCAGUUCUAGACGAUAAAAUGGGAAAAGUUCAUCGGGUUAGAGAUUCAGAUUGAUGUUUGUCCCUUUCAUAUUCUUUUCCUGUAUUUACUUUUCCAAUUUUGGCCAUUUAAAGGACAUAAGCAAGGCAAAUUUUUUAUCUUAUGUAAAUGUUUAGCAGUUGGAAUUCAGCACAUAUUUCUUUAGCUCCACCCAGUUCUUAAGCAAUGACAAAUAAGGGUAGGGCAGAGUCUAAGCUGAAAAUUUUCACAGUUAGUUGUAUGCAAUUAUGAAAGCUUGUCCCCUUGUUCCUUUCCGGGCUUUUUUUUUCCCUGUCGUUCGAUGUUCAUUUGUGUAAACAAGAACAUGAGGAGAUGCGUGCAUCCAAUUUGGUUAUUCAAGUACCGUCUGUUGAUCUCAGAA